CUGGCUCCUAGGCCCACUACACUUCCCACGGUUGUAGAGGAGGAGGAGGGAGAGGGGGGGGGGGAGGACGAGGACGACCUGUAUCUCCCUAGUCGUCGACGCCUUGCGGCGCGUCUGUCUGCGAGCCAGGCGGCGGGGGGGGGUGGUCUUGUGCAGGAUGAUGAGGUCAGCAGGCCAGAGGAUCAGCGAGGGCCGCCGCACGAAAGGGGUCGCAGCUCUGGAGAUCGCUAUUGGGGGCGAGGGUGCGGAGGAGGAGGAGGAGGAGGAGGAGGAGGAGGAGGAGGAGGAAGAGGAGGAGGAGGAGGAGGAGGAGGAGGAGGAGGAGGAGGGGAAGAGGAGGAGGAGAAGGAAGAGGAGGAGGAGGAGGAGGAGGAGGCGGAGGAGGAGGUGGAGGGGGAGGCGGCGGAGGAGGUGGAGGAGGACGCGGCGGAUGGGAGAGGGGCGGACGCAGCAGCGGGUGGUGGCGAGGAUGGUGGUGUUGGUAGCGGGGCUGGGACUGGGCUGUAG